AUGACAGUAGUCAUGGAACAAGUUAAUUGGAAUCCUGCAUUAUCAACACUCUUGAACUCGCUCGAAGAGAACAAGUCUGAAAUACCUAGCUGUACUGACGAAGAGUUUGGCUUUCUGAGUGACUUGCUCCGGUCAAAAGAAUUAAAUGCACUUGUUAAUGUUCACAAGAAGAUCCAGUCCAAUGCCGAAGACGACAAAUUCUUCCCCGUGUUGUCCAACUCAAUGGACAUCGACGUAGAAAUUCUGGAUAUGCUGGCGUCUAAGACACAUGGCUCGGAAUUAUGUCGGGAGUUGUUUCAUUUGCUCCAAAAACCUCACAUACAGGGUCUACUAUGUACGCACGACGCAGUUGCUCAAAAGGAUUACUACCCACGGCUUUCAGAAAUCCCCUUGGAAGUAGACGAAGACGAGGAGACUGUGAAGAUAGUCCAGCUGGUGAAGUCAGAUGAGCCACUGGGAGCGACGAUUAAGACCUGCGAGAUAACAGGGAAGAUCGUGAUAGCAAGAAUAAUGCACGGUGGUGCUGCUGACAGAUCUGGGCUAAUCCACGUGGGAGACGAAGUUUGCGAAGUUAAUAAUAUAAGUGUCGAAGGUAAGACUCCUAACGAUGUGCUCAAGAUCCUUCAGAACUCCGAGGGGACUAUUACCUUCAAAAUCAUUCCGGCUGACAGUAAAGGCGGCAUCAGAGAGAGCAAGGUUCGUGUUAGAGCUCACUUUUCAUACAAAGCAGCAGAUGAUCCUUAUAUUCCCUGCAAAGAAGCCGGGUUGGACUUUAAUAAAGGCGACGUUCUGCAUAUAGUCAGCCAGGAUGACGCUUACUGGUGGCAAGCCCGCCGAGAAGGAGAUAGAAAUAUGAGAGCUGGAUUGAUUCCCAGCCGAGCGCUUCAGGAGCGUCGUAUAAUCCUAGAGCGCCAGCAGAAGGAUAAGACUGACGAUGAAGAAGAUAACUUGAGCUUGUGUUCUGUUCCAGUGCCUUUGCCCACAUUGUGCCCCCGUCCCAGUACCUCUUCAUUGCACGCUUCGCCUACUAAGUGCAAUUUACAAGGAAUAAAAACUAAAAAAAUAAUGUAUGACGCUGCAGAGAACGACGAUUUUGAUCGCGAAGAGAUUCCCACUUAUGAGGAAGUCGCCAAGUUGUAUCCGAGACCUGGACUUUAUCGUCCAGUGGUACUUAUUGGUCCUCCUGGAGUUGGAAGGAAUGAAUUGAAGCGGCGGCUUUUAGUUACUGAUCCUGAUAAAUAUAAGACACCUGUACCAUACACAUCGAGACCACCACGACCUGGAGAAGUAGACGGCAAAGAAUACUACUUCGUAACUCGGGAACAAAUGGAGCAAGACGUAGAAUCAGGAAAGUUCAUAGAAUACGGCGAGUACAAAGGCAACCUCUAUGGUACCAGUGGUGAGAGUGUCAGCUCGUUGAUAAACGCCGGGUUUGUUUGUCUCCUCAGUCCUCAUUACCAGGCUCUGAAAAUGUUGCGUACGCCUCAAUCAAAACCAUACGUGAUCUAUAUAAAGCCUCCGCGGUUUGAAAUCCUGAAAGAGACCAGAAAUGAGGCUCGCGCUCGAUCAACCUUCGACGAGUCAAACUCUCGAGGAUUCACCGACGACGAGUUCAACGAGAUUCUGCACAGCGCAGCUCGCAUCGAGUUCCUCUACUCGCAUCUCUUCGACGAAGUUAUCGUCAACGGAGACCUGGCCAUCGCAUUCGAGCAGCUGGUCACUGCGAUACACAGGGUCGAAAGCGAGCCGCUGUGGGUUCCCGCUUCUUGGGUCCAGUGA